AUGAGACAAACUUCCAAUCGAAGCCCAUGGGAAACUCGUAAUGGUCGCUCGGGUUUGUCACUGGCUGUGCUGGAGGAAUUUCAGAUGGCAAGUGGUGAGCCUUGCUCCCAUCUUGAAGUGAUUUCCUGCGAUCGUCUCCAUCAGAACUCCGAAGGCUUCUCCUUUGCCAACAUCGCCACAGUCAAAGAACUGGCCUCCCUGCGAAGUCACGGAGCCCUUGUCUUGAUUGUGAAGGGAUAUGCUAGGAAGAAAGUCCAAGCCCUGGCGUUUGAGCCUGGAAGAAUUGUGGAGUGCAUUAUCUCAGUUCGAGAUCCGUUGCAAACAUCAUAUGAGUCAAGGGCAUGUACGCUCGUCAAUAUGGCUUCUGAUUCCUCCCUUUUCGUUGAGAAAGCUGAGGGUGAGCAGGAAAUCCAGAUCGACCAAAACCCAAAGAUGACUAUGUUUUGCGAAAUCCGGCAAACAGAUGCCACUGAACAGGACUGGCGCGCUUAUGGAUCCAGCCAUGCCAUUGAUACAUAUGUGAUGGAAGUGAUUAAGUCACUAGAAAAGGACCAGCAGGUGGUGCUCCACAAAACCAUGGAAAAACCAGGCUAUGUGGCCAAGAAGUUGCAAGUUCCUGAAGAGUCGCGGGAUGAUUUGUACCGAUUGUCUGGUAGAUCAUCGGUGCAAUUUCGUCCGGCGCGCACUGCCUAUGACCCAGCAGAAGAUGGAAUAGAGAUUCUCCGCCUUCCCGCGCCUGACCUGAAGAUUAAAGAUGUCUUUGAGCAGGCCUCUCAGGGCAAGUUGGAAGGCUUCCUCGGUGUCUUUGCUUCCCAACAUUCAGUGUAUGCACGGGUUCAUCCACAACACCUGGCCAAGGCAAGAAGAUUCUGGAUGCCUGGAGACACACGCUUCAAUGAGCAGAAUAUCCACAUGCAGUGCAAGUUACAUUUCCGAGUUCAAGGUUUCCCAGCCGGAAUCCACAUCGACCAAGUCCACGAAGCCCUUCGCCAAGCCAAGUGGAAUGUCAUUGUGCAGCGAGUCUUGCACAUGUCAGACUUGGCUGUGGCCUUCGUUGCCUCUGACUCGGCGCCGCCCUCACCGAGGAUCUUGACAUCAGUGGCUACGCUGCACAUCGAUGAGGCAGUGAGAAGGCCCCGUGCAAUUUCCCAAAGUACUUCCACAGCGCAGGCCUCUACGCCACAGAGUUCUCAAGGAUCCUCCUCAGCUAGCCCAGCUUUUCCAGCUGUGCCCAGAUCCUUCCAGCCAAGCAAGUCGCAACCAGUACAAGGAAGCUUGAUGACACCGAUCGCGGCGAACAUUUCCAGCCGAGUUGAUAGCCUUGAGCAGCAGCUAGCGCGUGUCACCAAUGAGUUGGAGACAGUUAAGACAGAGCAGAAGAACACAUCUGCCCGGUUGGAUGACAUUGCGAAGAGCCAAGAUCGAGGAUUUAGCCAGCUCAUGAACGCCAUCAUGGAGUUGAAGAAUGAGAGUAGCUCUCCUGCGAUCCCAUCUCCGCCCCCUAAAGUACAGAAGCUGACCGGCAAGGGCAGCUGA